AACAGAUGUUAAUCAAAUAGACGGUUAAACGUAUGUUUACAUCCGGUACAAUUUGACAAUGCUAAUUACAUAUGUUUAUCGAUUAACAAUAGAUGGCAAGCGUUGUCGCUACAAUUGACGAAAUAAAAUAUCUUUGGUAAAUGUGAAUCAGCAUGAACGCUUAUCUAAAACUACUGCUGCUGUGUCUGUCGUUCUGUUUCUGCCAUCUGGAGGAUGCGCAAGAUAACACUCGAACCCAGCCAAAAGGUUUUCACUCAGACGAAGAGACCGGUUCAGACCAUCUGCAGAAUGUCGUUGGAAAAAUCAUUGCAGAAUCUAAUAGAACAAAUGAAAACACAACAACCACUGACACCAGCCCUACACCAAGUAGCAUCAAGACUACCCCGCACGGUCCUGAAAAAUCAAAAGAGGCAGAGGAAGAGCACAGGAAAAGCCUCACCAUCUUCUUCAUCCUCAUUGUUGUUGCAAUUUGCAUAUGUAUGACUCACAUGCUGAUAGUCUACAAGUUUCACUACCUUCCUGAGAGCAUAGCUGUGGUUUUAGUUGGUGCUCUGAUUGGUCUGGUGCUUAAAAUAUUCAAGCUGGAUUGGAGUCGAGAAGAGGAAUUUUCACCAACCAUGUUUUUCAUAGUCCUUUUGCCCCCAAUCAUAUUUGAAUCUGGAUACAAUUUACACAAGGGCAAUUUCUUCCAGAACAUUGGCACCAUCUUGGUGUUUGCAAUUCUAGGGACAACUAUCUCGGCCAUGGUUGUUGGUGGAGGAAUCUACCUUCUUGGUCAGGCAGAUGUAGCCUAUGAGUUUACAGUGGUUCAGAGCUUUGCCUUUGGCUCACUGAUAUCAGCCGUAGAUCCAGUGGCCACUCUCGCUAUUUUCCAUUCCCUCAAUGUGGAUGAGGUCCUGUACAUGCUGGUGUUUGGAGAGUCUAUACUUAAUGAUGCUGUGGCUAUCACAUUAACUAUGACCGUUCUGGAGUUUGAGAAUCCAGCGAUGGCGCAGGUGACAGGCUCGGCAGCCUUUUUUAGGGCUGUCUGGAGGUUUCUAGCCAUGUUCUUUGGCUCCAGCCUCAUUGGCAUGGUAUCUGGGCUCGUCAGUGCCCUUCUCUUAAAGUUUAUAGAUCUCCGUAAGACGCCCUCUCUAGAGAUCGGUAUGAUGCUGGUGUUCUCAUAUCUUCCAUACGGUCUCGCAGAGGGCGUCCAUCUCUCAGGCAUCAUGGCAAUCCUGAUGAGUGGGAUAGUAAUGUCUCACUACACUCACCUCAACCUCUCGCCUGUCACCCAGAUCACAGUGCAGCAUACAUUCCGUACCAUUGCUUUCAUGGCCGAGACGUGUAUGUUUGCCUACUUAGGUCUGGCAAUAUUCAGUUUUAAACAUGUUCUUAAACCAUCACUGAUAAUCUGGGCAAUUAUAUUGAUCCUUCUUGGUCGAGCUGCCAACAUCUUCCCACUGUCUUUCAUCUCCAACUACUUCCGGGAGCACAAGAUCACCAGGAAACAGCAGUUCAUCAUGUGGUUUAGUGGUUUAAGAGGAGCCAUUGCCUUUGCUCUAAGUCUGCACCUGGAGUUUGAGUCGAAGGAGAAAAAGUAUGUGAUAGUGACCACAACCCUCAUCAUUGUGCUGUUCACCAUCAUCUUCCUAGGAGGGGCCACCAUGCCCAUUAUGAAAUUUUUAAAGGCAGAGAAGAAAGAAAAAAUGAGUCGAAAAAAGAAAACAGAUGGUGAAAUAUCUCUGAGUAAAACAAAAGAAUUUGGUGACACUGUGGAUUCCGAGCAUCUGUCAGAGGUCACAGAAAGUGAGGCGGAGGUCAGUUUCUCUCGAUCCUCCCCAAAGACCAAGGGAUUUGUGAGAAUAGACGCUCGCUACCUGAUGCCGUUCUUCACUCGCAGAUUCACUCAGCAGGAGGUCCGUGAUGCCAAGACCCAGAUGACCAAUCUCACCAAGCAGUGGUACAAUGACGUGCGGGCCAUGCCGGAGGGAUCUCAGUCGGAGGAGGACACUGAGGAGGAGGAGGAGACAAUAUUCACAAACACACAACACAACUUGGACAAUGGUGCUCAACAUGAACCUCUAUUAGCUCAGUGAUCAUCCUUUGAACACUAAAUUCCAUAAAAGCGGAAAGGGUUGUCCUGAUAAGCAUGUGCUAACUGCACAGGCUAAUCUGGGAAGACAAUUUGGGCCCAUGCAUAAGGCCCUGUUUACUGUGUGUUUAUGUACUGAAUGUUGUGGGUUUUACGUAUGUACAUACUAUUGAAGAAAAAACAUGAAAAUCAUGUAUGUACAUGUGUAGUACAAUACAAUAUUUAUAACAAGUGGGAGGCAGAUGCUUUUUUCUACCACUAAAUAAAUGAGUAUUGCUCUGUGAACAUGUGGUUUAAUGCAUGAGCGUAAAGUGUCGUGCCAGAUUUGCCUGUGCAGUCUGCACUCCCAUUUAUGGUAGUUUUUGUUUGAAGUCCUUCUUAGCAAUAAUCCAGUUUAGGCGGAAAGUUUUGUCCCUGAUUAUGCACAGGCUAAUCUGGGACGACACUUUACGCAUAUGAAUUAAACCCCCUUUUCACAGAGCACGGCCAAAUUAUUUACAAUAAAUUUUUGGCUUAAAAAAUAAACAAUUUAUGGAUUUAAAAUGAUUAUAUAUGAUAUGAUAUACAUAUUUAUUGCUAUAGAACUCUAUUGUUGUUGUUGAUAUUAUCCAUUGGUUCACACCUAUAAACCUAUUUAAGCUGGAAUUGUGAGGGAAAUGAGUUCUCUAUCACAAAAUUUUGUUCUCUUACAUCCGAUUUUUUUUUAUAAUUGGCCAGUACCUUUAACAUUGCUAAAAAUAAGUUUUAUUUAAUUCAUAAUAAAUCCAAUAUUUAUAAAAGACUGAUUUAAAGUUAAAUACAUUAUUAUACAUUUGAUUGGUAGUCUUUACCUUAACAUUUGAUCAACAUUUACAUUUUGUUUUUUAAAUAUGCCAAUAUAUUAUUGAAAGGUAAGAAAACUACCAGUACUUAAUAUUCAUUUAUGCCAUAAGUGCGGAUUUUGGAAGUACAAUCUUACUUUUGAACUGUUUUUCCUGCUUUCCCUAUUUGAGAUUAAUUGUCCCAACAUUUGUAUAAAAACUAUGUUGAUUCUCAAAGUUUAUUUAAAACUUGCUAUAAGAGCUCUAUUUUUCUAAAAAUUACCACCACUUAUACCUUUAUUUCACCUUAAUGGCCACUAUGAAUUUAUGAAUUGUCUAGCAGUCUUGUUAUAAUACCUUAUUCUACAGUUUCUCCUUAUAUUUGAAACUUAAGAAGGGUUUCAUUUUUAGCUCCCCUGAGCACAACGUGCUCAUGAUGAGCUUUUGUGAUCGCCUUUUGUCCGUCGUGCGUCGUGCUUUGUGCAGCGUCAACAUUUGCCUUGUUAACUCUCUAGAGGCCACAUUAUUGUCCAAUCUUCAUGAAAUUUGGUCAGAAGAUUGGUCUCAAUGAUAUCUUGGAUGAGUUCGAAAAUGGUUACGUUGCUUGAAAAACAUGGCUGCCAAGGGGCGGGGCAUUUUUCCUUAUAUGGCUAUAUAUGGCUAUAGUAAAAUCUUGUUAACACUCUAGAGGCCACAUUUAUUGUCUGAUCUUCAUGAAACAUGGUCAGAAGAUUCAUCCCAAUAAAAUCUUGGACGAGUUUGAAAAUGAUGCCGGUUGGUUGAAAAACAUGCCCGCCAGGGGUCGGGGCAUUUUUCCUUAUAUGGCUAUAACCUUGUUAACACUCUAGAGGCCACAUUAAUUUUCCGAUCUUCAUGAAACUUGGUCAGAAGAUUUGUCCCAAUGAUAUCUUGGAUGAGUUCAAAAAUGGUAACCUUUGCUUGAAAAACAUGGCUGCCAAGGGGCAGGGCAUUUUUCCUUAUAUGGCUAUAUAUUGCUAUAGUAAAAUCUUGUUAACACUCUAGAGGCCACAUUUAUUGUCCAAUCUUCAUGAAACUUGGUCAGAAGAUUCAUCCAAAUAAUAUCUUGGACUAGUUCAAAAAUGAUGCCGGUUGGUUGAAAAACAUGGCUGCCAGGGGGCGGGGCAUUUUUCCUAAUAUGACUAUAGUAAAACCUUGUUAACACUCUAGAGACCACAUUUAUUUUCCGAUCUCCAUGAAACUUAGUCAGAAUAUUUGUCCCAAUGAUAUCUUGGAUGAGAUUGAAAAUGGUAACUUUUGCUUGAAAAACAUUGCUGCCAAGGGGCGGUGCAUUUUUCCUAAUAUGGCUAUAGUAAAAUCUUGUUGACACUCUAGAGGCCACAUUUAUAGUCCGAUCUUCAUGAAACUCGGUCAGAAGAUUCAUCCCAAUAAUAUCUUGGACGAGUUUGAAAAUGAUGCUGGUUGGUUGAAAAACAUGGUCACCACGGGGGCGGGGCAUUUUUCAUUAUAUGGCUAUAGUAAAACCUUGUUAACACUCUAGCGGUCACAUUUAUUUUCCAAUCAUCAUGAAACUUGGUCAGAAGAUUUAUCCCAAUGAUAUCUUGGAUGAGUUCGAAAAUGGAUUUGGUUGCUUUAAAAACAUGGCCACCAGGGGCAUUUUUCCUUAUAUGGCUAUAUAUGACUUUAGUAAAACCUUGUUAACACUCUAGAGGCCACAUUUAUUGUCCAAUCUUCAUGAAAUUCGGUCAGAAGAUUGGUCUCAAUGAUAUUUUGGAUGAGUUCGAAAAUAAUUAUGCUUGCUUGAAAAACAUGGCUUCCAAGGGGCGGGACAUUUUUCCUUUUAUGGCUUAAGUAAAAUCUUGUUAACACUCUAGAGGCCACAUUUACUGUCUGAUCUUCAUGAAACUUGGUCAGAAGAUUCAUCCCGAUAAUAUCUUGGACGACUUAAAAAAUGAUGCCGGUUGGUUGAAAAACAUGGCUGCCAGGGGGCGGGGCAUUUUUCCUUAUAUGGCUAUAGUAAAACCUUGUUAACACUCUAGAGGCCAGAUUUAAUUUUCAAUCUUCAUGAAACUUGGUCAGAAGAUUUGUCCCAAUAAUAUCUUGUUAUCUCAGGUGAGCGACUUUGGGCCUUUCAGGCCCUCUUGUUUUAUUAUUGAUAUCAAACUAUGUGGAAUGUUAUUUUGUGCAAUAGAUGGAGAUUGUAUGUGUCUUGAAUUAUGUAUAUGCAGGUCUUUGAUGUUAUUUUUUCAUCUGAUUCUACAUUGUUAUCCGUUUUAACCAGAUUUUUUAAAGAAAAAAACUGGUUAUUAGAUUGGCGAAUGUCGGCAGGUGGGUGGGCUGGCUGGCGGGCGGAACAAGCUUGUCUGGGCCAUAACUUUGUCGUUCAUUGUCAGAUUUUAAAAUCAUUUGGUACAUUUGUUCACCAUCAUUAGACGGUGUGUCGCGCGAAAGAAUUACGUCGAUGUCUCCAAGGUCUAGGUCACAAUUUGAGUUUGAAGGUCAAAAAUGGCCAUAAAUUAGCUUAUCUGGGCCAUUACUUUGUGAUUCAUUGUGAGAUUUUAAAAUCAUUUGGCACCUUUGUUCACCAUCAUUAAACGGUGUGUUGCGCGAAAGAAACACGUUGAUAUCUCCAAGGUCAAGAGUUUGAAGGUCAAAAAUGGCCAUAAAUGAGCUUGUCUGGGCCAUUACUAUGUCAUUCAUUGUGACAUUUUAAAAUAAUUUGGCACAUUUGUUCACCAUUAUUGGACGGUGUGUCGCAUGAAAGAAUUACGUCAAUAUCUCCAAGGUCAAGGUCGCCACAACUAAAAAUAGAUUGAUUUUGAAACAACUAUAUAACUAUGAACAAUCAGUAACAAUGCACAUUUUGAUUUUGAGUUGUCUCUCUUUAUCAGACUUUUUUUAUGCCCCCCUUCAAAGAAGAGGGGGUAUAUUGUUUUGCACAUGUCGGUCGGUCCGUCGGUCGGUCCGUCCACCAGAUGGUUUCCGGAUGAUUACUCAAGAACGCUUAGGCCUAGGAUCAUGAAACUUCAUAGGCACAUUGAUUAUGACUGGCAGAUGGCCCCUAUUGAUUUUCAGGUCACUAGGUCAAAGGUCAAGGUCACAGUGACUUGAAAUAGUACAAGAGCUUGUCACAGUAGUGCCAAAUCCCCGCUGAAAUGUGGUUGCUUGUAUGACAACAUUUGUUUUAGAGAGUAGAAUAAUAUUUGUAAAAACAAAUAAAGAGAGAUAAUUCAUUAUGCUCCGGACAAAAAUUUACUUUGAAAUUAAAUAAAGGGAUUUAAUUCAAACACUAACGUAGAUAGAGUUAUGGUUCUUAGUCACUGCACUUCUCCUACUUGCCAUCUGUUUAAGUUUCAAGUUUCAAGUAAAUCCCUUCAGUAGAUUUAGAGUUAUGCUCCGGACAAAAAUUUACUUUAACAUUAUAUAAAAGGGGAGAUAAUUAAAAAACUAAGGUAGAUAAAGUUAUGGUUCUUGGUCACUGCACUUCUCCUAGUUGCCAUAUGUUUAUAUUUCAAGUAAAUCCCUUUAGUAGAUUUAGAGUUAUGCUCCGGACAAAAUUUACUUUAAAGUUAUAUAAAAGUGGAGAUAAUUCAAAAACUAAGGUAGAUAGAGUUAUGGUUCUUAGUCACUGCACUUUUCCUACUUGCCAUCUGUUUAUAUUUCAAGUUUCAAGUAAAUUCCCUUUAGUAGAUUUAGAGUUAUGCUCCGGACAAAAAUUUACUUUAAAAUUAUAUAAAAGGGGAGAUAAUUCAAAAACUAAGGUAGAUAGAGUUGUGGUUCUUGAUCACUGCACUUCUCCUAGUUGCCAUCUGUUUAUAUUUCAAGUUUCAAGUAAAUCCUUUCAGUAGAUUUAGAGUUAUGCUCCGGACAAAAAUUUACUUAAAAAUUAUAUAAAAGGGGAGAUAAUUAAAAACUAAGGUAGAUAGAGUUGUGGUUCUUGGUCACUGCACUUCUCUUAGUUGCCAUCUGUUUAUAUUUCAAGUUUCAAGUAAAUCCCUUUAGUAUAUUUAGAGUUAUGCUCCAGACAAAAAUUUACUUUAAAGUAAUAUAAAAGGGGAGAUAAUUCAAAAACUAAGGUGGUUAGAGUUAUGGUUCUUGGUCACUGCACCUCUCCUAGUUGCCAUCUGUUUAUAUUAUAAGUUUGAAGUAAAUCCAUUGAGUUGAUUUGGAGUUAUGCUCCGGACAAAAUUUCAGCCGGACGGACAGACAGACAGGACCAAUUACUAUAUCGCCUCCGAAUUUUUUUUCGGCGGUGAUAAAAAUGGUUUCCGGAUGAUAACUCAAGAACGCUUAGGCCUAGGAUCAUGAAACUUCAUAGGUACAUUGAUCAUGACUGGCAGAUGACCUGUACAAUUUUCAGGUCACUAGGUCAAAGGUCAAGGUCACAGUGACUCGAAACAGUAAAAUGGUUUCCGGACAAUAACUAAAGAAUAAUUAGGCCUAGGAUCAUGAAACUUCAUAGGUACAUUGAUCAUGACUGGCAGAUGACCUCUAUUGAUUUUUAGGUCACUAGGUCAAAGGUCAAGGUCACAGUGACAAAAAACGUAUUCACACAAUGGAUUCCACUACAACUGACAGCCCAUAUGGGGGGCAUGCAUGUUUUACAAACAGCCCUUGUUUUCUAAUUGAAAUCAAGGUCAAUUUUACACAAGGGGGGUAACAAUACACAUUUUGAAUUGUCUCCCUUUAUAAGACUUUUUUUUCAACUGAAAACCUGGUUUUGUGACAAUUUUGUCCCUUGUUUAUGUAUACAGUACUGAAAUAUGAACAGCAAACAUCUGUAUUGUUAAUCAACAGUGUUUAAAUCAAAAUGUCUUUUACUUCAUGUGAACAUUUUUCAAGCAUUGUUUUUGCAUUGUUACAGUUUUAUUUAAAUAUUUUAUUUACAGUUUUGUUGUAUGUGCUUGAUCCAUUUGUAAAUUGUGAUUGUUUUAGAAUUCCAGUAUAGAGUGACCAUUCCAGUACAGAGUGACCAUUCCAGUGUUAUAGGGCUUAAUACGAGGUUGACAAAAAAAAAACAAGAAAAUUUUCAAAGUCAUCUUUUUAUGCUCCCUGUAGGGUGGCAUAUAGCAGUUGAACUGUCUGUCUAUCUGUCUGUCCGUUUGCCGAUAACUUUAACAUUGGCCAUAACUUUUGCAAUAUUGAAGAUACAAUGUAGCAACUUGAUAUUGGCAUGCAUGUGCAUCUCAUGAAGCUGCACAUUUUGAGUGGUGAAAGGUCAAGGUCAUCCUUUAAGAUCAAAAGUAAAAAAAUACUAUCCAAGGGAAGUAAUAAGCUUUAAAAGGGAGAUAAUUUUUAAACCUGCCAAAUGACAUAUUGAAAUUUUAUUUCAAAGCAGCGCAAUAGGGGGCAUUGUGUUUCUGACAAACACAUCUCUUGUUAUGCCCCCGGUAGGACGGCAUAUAGCAGUUGAACUGUCCGAACACUUUAAUGGUCAUAACUUUUUCAAUAUUUAACAUAGCAACUUGAUAUUUGGCAUGGAGCUGCACAUUUUGAGUGGUGAAAGGUGAAGGUCAAGGUCAUCCUUUAAGGUCAAAUUUCUAAUAUAUUGCGUCUGUCCGUCCGUCCAAAAACUUUAACAUUGGCCAUAACUUUUUCACUAUUGAUGAUAGCAACUUGAUAUUUGGCAUGCAUGUGUAUCUCCUGGAGCUAAACAUUUUGAGUGGUGAAAGUCAAGGUCAUCCUUCAAGGUCAAAUGUCUAUGGCGUCUGUCCGUCCAAAAACUUUAACAUUGGCCAUAACUUUUUCACUAUUGACGAUAGCAACUUGAUAUUUGGCAUGCAUGUGUAUCUCCUGGAGCUGAACAUUUUGAGUGGUGAAAGGUGAAGGUCAUCCUUCAAGGUCAAAUAUACCGUCCGUCCAAAAACUUUAACAUUGGCCAUAACUUUUUAAAUAUUGAACAUAGCAACUUGAUGUUUGCAAUGCAUGAACAUUUUGAGUGGUGAAAGGUGAAAAUCAAGGUCAUUCUUCAAGGUCAAAUGUCAAAUAUUCCGUCCGUCCGAAAACUUUAACAUUGGCCAUAACUUUUUAAAUAUUGAAGAUAGCAACUUGAUGUUUGGCAUGCAUGUGUAUCUCAUGGAGCUGCACAUUUUGAGUGGUGAGAGGUCAAGGUCAUCUUUCAAGGUUAAGGUCAAAUUUUGCAAUAUUGAAGAUAGCAACUAGAUAUUUAAAAUGCAUGCGUAUCUCAUGGAGCUGCACAUUUUUGAGUGGUGAAAAAUCAUGGUCAUCCUUCAAGGUCAAAGGUUGAAUAGAUGGCUUUAAAGAGGCGCAAUAGGGGGCAUUGUUUUUCCGACAAACACAUCUCUUGUUAUGAUUGCUUGUUACAGAAAGUUUUUUUUAAUGAAAAUCUUAAACAAAAAUGCUGCUUUUGAAUUGAAAUCUAGAACACAAAUAUUUUCUGCACUUAAAAGCAAUCUACAACUAAAAAUUGCUAUACUUCAGAUGCAAGGUGAUUAUCAAAAAUGAUUGAUAUAAAUUAUCAACAGUUCCUUAUUUACAAACAAACCUUGCUUUGUUUUCUAAAAAAUUAGAUGUGUACAUCUGAUUUUGGGUUGUUGUCAGCAAGUUGUUUGUUUUGGCUUGUAGAUAAUCAUUUAUUUAUUGUUUAAUAAAUAUUUUGUGUUGUGAUUUAAUAUCAUUUUGUUUUAUUGUUUGCUUAUUAUGUAAGAAGUCAAUUGUGUUACCUUGUCUUUGUUUGUGAUCAUGUGAUUCUAAACAUUCACACUUUAACCCUUUUCAUGAGAAAAUGGGUAUUAUGCCUCAUGCGGCCAGCACAGCUACAGAACAGCCUGGGCAGCUGCGCAAUCUUGUGAAGAGCCUCCCUGUCUGCCAGUCACACAAAGUUUCAUGGUCCAAUUGAGCCGUGCUCUGUGAAAAGGGGGCUUAAUGCAUGUGCGUAAAGUGUCAUCCCAGAUUAGCCUAUGCAGUCCCAGGCUAAUCUGGGACAACAGUUUUCGCUUUUAUAUUUUCUUUUUGAAAAAAGUCUCUUCUUAGCAAAAAUCCAGUUUAGGGGAGAGUGUCAUACUUGAUAAGCCUGUGCAGACUGCACAGGCUAAUCUGGGACAACACUUUCCACACAUGCAUGAAACCCCCUUUCCACAGAGCAUGGCUCAAUUAGAUGACAGGGUAGCUCCUGACCAGACCGGUAGGCCACACAGGCUGUUCUGGAGCUGUGCUGGCCACAUAUGGCAUAAGACCCUAUUUUGCAUGAUGCAGCUUCCAUGUUGCAUGGAAAGGUUUGUUAUUAAUCUUGAUACAUGCAACACUGGUACUUUAAACACUUAAAUGGAAAUCAUUGUUGUUCUUAUUGAAUAAAUUGAAAACAAGA